AUGGUGAAGCCUGGAGUGAUUGUUUACCAAAUAAUGGAUGCAUGGGCUCGUAUUGCAAGUUCGUUGACAAAAGAAUUAUAUGCCGAUGCCGAAUUACAAUUUCGGAAAAUAUGUGAAAAAUAUCUCGAUUUAUUAAAAUACAUUGAAAGCACCAUCCUUGACAAAGUGAAGGAGAAGUUUUUUUGUGCGUGGACUGAUAAGGGUGAUUUGUGUAAAGCAUUGGACACCAUAAAUCACAUGAUUUCGAACCAACACAACGAAAUACAAACGUCGUUCGGUCGGAGCAUUACGGUUUUGGAGCAUCGAUUUAAGAAAAACAUCCUUUACUCUCAAUUGAUCGAAAAUGUGUCUCGGGCCGGAUUGAAUUAUAUCUUUCACGAGGCGAAUCGAAGUGAAACCAUUGGUGGUGAUACCGCAAAGUGUGGUUGCACUAUUACUAUCACGUAUGGUCUCCCGUGUGCUUGUGAUAUUUCUAAAAAAGUGAGAUUAGGUGAGCCAAUAACAAUGAAUGAAAUCACUUCUCAUUGGAAGAGACUUAGUUUUGAUGAUGAUGGUUGUGUCGGAGAAGAUUCGAAUAUCUCUAUUAUUUCCGAAUUGGAGGCGAUACAAGAGAGGUUUUCGAAGGCCGAUGACAACAUGAAAUUAUACAUCAAAGAAAAAUUACGGAGGAUUGGAUUUCCCGAAACAACCGACAUGAAACUGCCGUCUCAACCCGUUAAGACAAAAGGUGCUCCGAAGAAAGUGAAGUCUACGCCAAAUGACAACUCGACAACACGGUCUCCUUCAUAUUGUGAGCACGUCGACAAACUCUUUCCCAACUCACCUACUCCGAAAUAG